AUGAGGCUAACGAACGUGUCGUUGCCAGCGGUGCUGCUGAGGGAGGACGACUGGAGGCACCUCGUGCAGCGCGCCCACACUGCCAGGCCGGGCGCCGUCACACUCAGAGGCGCUGAGUCCCGCCUCGAGGAGGCUCUUGCGCUCGCAGUGAGGAAAGCUAUAGCGAGGAUGGAGGAGGACAGGCGAGCUGCAGGGGGCGAGCGGGGGGAUGAGGGAGGGGGCAGAGGGGGGCGAGGGGGGGUGCAGCAGCAGGUGUCAGUAAGGGCGGUGCAGGAGUAUGCGAGGCGGCUGGCGCCGCUGGUGGGGGUGGGUCGCGGAUUCACGUGCAGCGUGGGGUGGGUGCAGCAGUUCAUGCAGCGCUGGGGGUUCCACCCUCCUGGGGGCACUGCAGGAGGCGGUGGUGGGGCGAGGGGGCAAGGGGGCCGGCUGGGUGGGAGGAGAGGGGAGGAUGGUCGGACAGAGGAUGAACUUGAAGAAGGGGGAGGGGAGGAGGGGGAGGAGAGUGAGGGGCAGGGAGGAGUGAGUGCGAGGAUAAGGGGGAUACUGGACGAGCGGUGUGAAGUGCGGCAGGAGGAGGUGGCAGCGCUGGUGGCGGUGGCAGAGGAGCAGCGGGAGAGGCGCGCUCAGAUCAAGGCGAGUGGGCGCCGGCUGACGGACGUGCGCGAGGAGGAGUGGAUAGAGGAGUGGCGGCACGAUGGUGCUGGUGGGCGGGGCAGGGCGGCAGGGGAUGGGAUGGAGAGUGAUGGGGGGGAUGGGGGCGUGACUGGAGACAGCGAUGGCGCCUUGGACGUGACGGACAAUGAUGGUGCUGGUGGUUUUGACACAGACACUGACCUUGACCUGCCCGCCGCUCAUGCCCAUACCAACCCCCGUGCUGCUGCCACUGCUAAUGCGUUUACUCCUUGUGCCCCUCCUGCCAUCACUGCACAACGUGCUGUACAUGUUGCUGCUGCUAAUGCUGCUGCCACUGCCACUGCCACUGCUGCUACUGCUGCUGCUGCCCCGACACAUGCCCCCAUCACCCCGCCACCUCAAGUGAGCACCCUGCUGGCGUCACUGGCCGGCGUGCGGGUGGCAUCUGCCGCCCAGGCCGCCCCUCAGCUGCAGUGUGCGUGGGCUGCCCUUGCGGCAGCUACGCCGUUCCCCCGGCAGCUCACAGCGCACCGCGCGGCAGAGGUGGCGCGCGCAUGGCGCCGCCUUGAGAGGUCCCGCGUGCUGCUGUGGGAGGGGGGUGCUGGGAGCGAGGGGGGUGCUGGGAGCGAGAGCAGUGAGAGCAUGAGCGUAGAGGAAAUUGGAGGGAUGGGCAGCAGCAUGGAGGAGUGGGAGUCGAAGGAGGGGAUAGUUGGCGCGGUGGCAGGGAGGAGCGCAGGAGGGGGCAUGCCUGGUGGCCGAGGGAGGAAGAGGAGGAGGAGCGGGGAUGAGCAGGACGGUGUGGUGGCAUCACGGGCCGGGGCAGCAGCAGCAGGGAGUGGAGCAGCAGGUGGAGGGCGGUUGGCAGGAGGCGGGCAGGGGUCAGCGGGCAUGGCAGCACCGCUGCUGGCCCCGGAGCUCAUAGUGGCGGCGGCCCUGCGAGCUGCUCUUGCUCCCCACCCCGUGCCCGCCCACCCCAUGCCCGCCCCGCCUGCUGCCCACGCCCUGCGCUUCCCGUUCCCCCACGCUGCGCCACCCGCCACCACCGCACUGCACUCCCUUGCACAGCUGCUUGCAUCUGCUGGCUUGCCGUCGGGCCUACUCCCUGUCGCCAGGCCAUACGGCCCUGCCUGGGGCCAGCACCUACUCACUGCGCCUCGCCCUUCCUCCCACGUUGCUCCCUCUCUGCCAACGCCACCUCCCCCCCGGUCGCUCACUGCGCUCCUCACUUCAAUCACGUCCAACCAACCACCUCCCUUCACCACACCUGCGCCUGCUCCCGCCAAUGCCUCUAUGGCAGCACGAGCAGCUGCUACUGAACCUCCCACGGCAGCAGUAGCCCGCGCGCGCGCGCCUCACCAGGAGGACACACGUGCAGCAUUCACACGCCCCGCUAGCCAGGGCGCACCCCGCUAG